UUCUUUAUAAACAGAAUCCUAUGUUGCACUAUACAUGUAUAUAUGAAUAGUUCAAUUACUUAUACAAAAGCCAUAGCACACCAAAUUGGCCCAAACCCUACAUCUAUAAAUACCUACUCCUCCACAACCCAUUCAUUCAUUUACACUUUCCAUCACAUUCCCAAGAAAAUUUACAAGAAAGAGAAUCACAUUUCUGUGCACUUUCCCUUGCAAUGGUGAAGACAGAGCAGAGAAUCCAAUCAGACCCAUCAACAAAUUCAUCACCAGCAACAUUGAAGAAGAUGAAGAAGAAGUACAAGGGAGUGAGGAUGAGGAGUUGGGGUUCAUGGGUAUCAGAGAUUAGGGCACCAAAUCAAAAGACAAGAAUCUGGUUAGGCUCAUAUUCAACACCUGAAGCAGCAGCCAGAGCAUAUGAUGCUGCACUCCUCUGCCUCAAAGGCACUUCUGCCAAUUUCAACUUCCCAAUCACUUCCUCCUCACAUUACAUUCCUUCAGACAAAAUCAUGUCUCCCAAAUCAAUCCAAAGACUUGCUGCUGCUGCUUAAUGGCCUAAAUAAUAACACAUCAGACCAACUAAAAUACAUUCAGUCAAGUUAAAUAAAAUGGCCCGAAACAAUUUUCUGGUCUUAAGUUGUGACUGGGCUGGGCCAUCAUUUUGGUAAGGCCUCUCCAAAAAGGGCUGUGCGAGCUGGGCUUUUUGUGUCUCUUUGCCCACGAUUAGGUCUACUGGCUAUCGGGACGACAUAUUACAUGGUCUCAUUUGUUAUGAAUGGGCCAAUAUCGGCCCAAUUAACUAAACAUAAAGGUUA